AACGACACGUCGCGACUUGCAAGUUCGUAUUGAACCGUUUGACGAAAUCUACCUUACUUUCUUGCUUGCCCCGAGACCGCGUACUAUGUCCCGGCAUCUGGGCAUUCUGUUGUCAUGAACGUCUCGUACAACUCGGCCUUACGGCAAAGCAGAGCCCUCCGGUCCGACAUCGACCGACUAACAACCACAUCCCAAGACCAACUCCUCACGCCCGCCGAGAUUGGCAGCCUGUCCGCAUCGCUAGCGUCCUUCUCCAAAACCAUCGACGAAUACAACCACCUGGCCCGCCAGGAGCUCGUCCCCAAGAAACAAGAUGAGGCCUUCGAACGAGUGAAGCGGUUCAAAGACGACCUAUCCCGUUUUCGGGGCCAAGUGGACGGCUUGAAGAAGCAGCGCGAAGAGGCGGCGCACCAGAACAAUCGCACCGAGCUGCUCGGCCGCCGCCCGUACACGGCUGCGACACCCGAGAAUCCGUACGCGCAUGCCACCGCCUCGAGCGCGUCGGCGAGUUCGGUGCAAGCGAGAGCAGCUAACCCGUUCGGCGGGGCGGAUAGGGCGUCUAGCAGUGGAGGCGGCGGCGGCGGGUACGGAUUCGGGGCCGGCGACGCGACGAGGGAGCAGCAUGCACUCCGCGAACAGAGCUUCUUCGCUAACACCAACGCAUCCCUGGACGAGUACAUCGCCAGAGGACAGGCGGUGCUGGGCGACCUGGGAGCCCAGAGGGAUGUGCUCAAGAACACGCAGAGGAGGCUCUACUCCGUUGGCAAUACGCUCGGCGUCUCGGGCGACACGAUCCGCAUGAUUGAGCGACGGGCGAGGGAAGACAAGUGGAUAUUCUGUGCUGGAGUUGUGGUCUUCUUUCUAUUCUGCUGGCUGUGUCUGCAUUACCUGAGGUAGUUUUGCGUUUCUUAGACGAGUGUUUAGGAGCGGGGCGAAUGGCGUUUGGGUUGGGCAACGCGUGGUGUUCCAGUUUGAAAAGGAAAAAGCGUUCCUGAACUAGGGGUUCUUCCCGAAGCUCAGCCCUGCAAUCGUUUGUGUUGUCUUGGGUGUACCUUGAUGAUUUACUUCGUACACUGGGGAUAUCUCGGAACGUGACGGCAUAAGACUUGGGAUCGCAAUGUCGGAAGUACUCUGUACAAACUGGCUGGUCUAUUGCAUCUAUGCCUACUCGGUUCGUACUGCCGGCCACUGCUCAUGAGGGGUCUGGAGCAACGGGGCCUGUGGUUUUUUUCUUCUUUCCUUCUUUUCUUUCUUUUUUCCUUUUCUUUUCAU